AUGAGUAUCUGUGAUGUGUGUGUACAUUUGUCGGAUCUUAUGACUCCACAAUCGUUCACCAGUUUAGUUACAACGCUCAUAAAAUAUUUAAUUUACGAAAAACAACUUAUUCCGUAUCCAUAUGACCGAUUGAAAUUGUACAUAAAAAAAUACAAAGAAAUGAAUUCAGAGGUAAUUUGUUUUCUUUACUAUCCAAAUUAUUAGCAAGUUGCCUAAUGCUAACACUAAUUGAAUGUUUCUAAUAUACUUACUUUUGUUUAUUUGCAGGAAGAAAAUUGUCGAAAUCAAAAGAAAAAUUACAGACUAGAAUCUGAUAAAUAUUAUAAAAAAGUUUCUGAUGCAAUAAAUACACUUGAGACUGUUUUUCAGGUAAUUAGUUAAUUGAUCAACUAAAAACAAUAUGUGAACAUUUUUGUUUACAAACAUAAAUCAAUCAAUAAUUUGUAGAUUGAAAAAUACAUUUAAUUAAUCUACAAAAUAAUUUGAUGUACAUAUUACAUUUUGAAUAUAAUCAAUUAGUGUUAAUACAUAUGUAUAUAUUAAAUAUAUUUCCAAUUUCAAAUAUUUUUUGAACAAUAAUAUGUAAUAAUUAUAUAUAUAUGUACAUAUAUUUUUUUUUAGUGCAUUGAAGGUGAAUUUCAAAGUUGUAGUGAAAAUCACAUAGAAUCAGUUGUAAUAUUGAUUGGAUCAAAUAUUCUCAAUCCUUUGACUGUAUUUAACAUAUAUGUACCAGAACUGACUUAUUCACACUGUGAAAAUCAACAUUCUUCUAGAAAGCAUAUUGAUAAUGUAUUUCAGUAAGUAAUGUUAAAUAAUUUACAAUUUUGUAGUUUUAAUAGAAGAAAAACAACCAAUAGGUACAUAAAAACUUCUAUUUUUCUUCCAAUUUUCUUUAAGUUCGUAGAAAAACAUUUUUUAAUAAAUUAGUAAUAUUUUAUUAAUGGUAUUAAUAAUUUCUUGAAUAAAUACCAUUUCGUAUCAUACUUUAGUAUCCAUACUGUUCAAUUAUUUUCAUAAACUUUCUAAGAUAAUGGUGGUUAAUUUGAGGGUCAUGGAAUUUUAGUAGGGAGGUCAUCAAUAAGGACCUAUUUUUAAAGUUUUCAAUCAUAUUUUGCGCGAAACUGAUUUAGUUAUUUAUAAACAUACAUUUUAUUAUAUGUGCAUAUCUAUGUUAUUAAUAACUAUUUAUAUAUAUAUUAUAUUAUUUCAAUAAUUUUCAGUAAUGUAUGUUGAAUAAUUCGAGUUAUAAACCGAAAUUCAACUCAAAUGACCUUGAGUUAUUAAGAUUCCACUGUAUUGUAUAUAUAUAUCUAAUAUUGGUAGGGGAUUGCCUCAUUGAAAUUAAUAAAUUGGGGUUUUUGGAUCUAAACAGACUACAAGCAACUAGCCCAUUUCUACUAAAUUUAUUUUAUCUUCUAUUGAUAUAAAUUUUCCUAUGAAAUAACUCCUUUGCUGUUAGUGUAUUCUGUGUUUGUGAGUUCAAUAGGUAUUAUAUUAUGGGAAUAGUUUAAUCAUUUUUAAUGUAGGUUGAGAUAAGUCUGGCCAUCUUAAAAACUUUUUUAUUUAUAUUUGAUUUAAUUUAUUUAUGGUUAUUGAAAAAAUUUGAAAUUAAACAAUAAAUACGUUAUAAGUUGCCAAUACAAAGUUUAAAUUUCAAAGUCUUAAGAACAUUAUGAAAUGCCAAAUUAAAAAAAAGACGUCCUAGGAUAUUCAGGCCAGGUACAGCCACUGUUAUAAAUAAUUUAGUGUAUACCUGUAAGCAAUGACAAACCAUUGCUAAUGAAAAACCAAUUCUGAGUGGAGUUCGGUUGAUAAUGAUGCUUUGUCAACAAUAUAUAUGUCAUUUUAUAGUAAAAUAAUUAAAUGGCCUUUAUAUAUUUUCUUAAAUAAUAUUUGUUUAAUGUUUUACUGAUUUUUCCUGUUUUCCCAUGUUUUAUCCCGAUUUUUCAAAUUUGAUGAGAAAAUCAAAAAAUGACCUCCCUAAAGUACCUCAACAUUCCGAUUUCCUUUCGGCAAAGGUGCUACACAUAGAAGUCUUGUUGUAGAAAAGUUGGGUACAGAUAAAAAAAAAAUAAAUAAACAUCUUUGUAAAACUAAAAGCUUCUUUGCUCCACUCAGAAUUUAAAAUUACACUGUUUAGGAAUAAAAUGAAACUAAGUGACCCAUAAAAAGAUGAAUAGGAAUAAGUUAAUGAUUCAACCUUAUCAGUUUCUUAUUUUUAGUUUGAAAUAAUAAAAUAAAAAAUGUUGUAAUCUUAACAAAUAUUUGAAAAUGUUUACUGAUUAUAUUUUUCAAUUCAAUCACGAUCAAAUAGAAAAUAAAUUUAAGUCACACAUAAGUAGUUCAUAAAAUUUAAAAAAUGUAUUACUCAAACUAUUGUGCAUUUGACUUGUUGAGAAACAUUAAUUCUAGUGUUGUAAAAAUAUAACAUAUUAUUUUAUUCAAUAGUUCGAAUGUAUUAUUUGGAUUUUAAAAUGUACUACUUCUUUAUUUAUUUGUUAUAGGAACAUUUUAAACAAUGACCAGUUUAAUGAUAUAUUAACAUCUAAUAUAAUGGUUGAAACAAAUUUGUAUGUCAUGUUCAAAGUAAAACCUGGAGCUCAAAUGACAACUAAUUGGUGGAUACCCAAGGAAAAAUUUCGUAUUUUCAGAGGAAAGCAAGUGGUUUUGAGAUUCCAACAGUCGAUUGAUGAUGAAAGUAUCAAAAAAUAUGAAACAUGCUGCUUUCAGGAUUGCUUAGACUUUGAAGUUUUUGUGGAUUUAGACGAUAAGUCAAGUGUGAAAAAACAAACAAAUACAUUGACUGAAAGUGUUGUUGAUUGGUAUGUUUCAAAAUCCUAUGUAACUGGUUUCAAAAAUUAUAAAUUCAAUGGAAUACCCAUAUCCGAUACUUGGCUAAAUCCGAAUAUUAUCAAUAGCAUGGUUUUAUAA